ACAGCCCUUCGGGUCGCUGGGUCUUUGCCUCUCUAGGCCGUAGGGCCUCUCCUCCAUGGUUCUGUCUGUCAGUCGGGUUUUGGGAACCGGCGGAUGAGGCCACGCCACGCGCGGAUGCUUCAUCCUUGAGUCCGUCACCGGUGGCGGGGCGGCCCGGGGCCCAUGGCGCGGCGGUGCUGACAGAGGCGCGGGCGGCGGCCGGGCCGGAGGGCCGGCAUGGCGGGCCAGUUCCGCAGCUACGUGUGGGACCCGUUGCUGAUCCUGUCGCAGAUCGUCCUCAUGCAGACUGUCUAUUACGGCUCGCUGGGCCUGUGGCUGGCGCUGGUGGACGCGCUAGUGCGAAGCAGCCCCUCGCUGGACCAGAUGUUCGACGCCGAGAUCCUGGGCUUUUCUACCCCUCCAGGCCGGCUCUCCAUGAUGUCCUUCAUCCUCAACGCUCUCACCUGUGCCCUGGGCUUGCUGUACUUCAUCCGGCGAGGGAAGCAGUGUCUGGAUUUCACUGUCACUGUCCAUUUCUUUCACCUCCUGGGCUGCUGGUUCUACAGCUCCCGUUUCCCCUCGGCGCUGACCUGGUGGCUGGUCCAAGCCGUGUGCAUUGCACUCAUGGCUGUCAUCGGGGAGUACCUGUGCAUGCGGACGGAGCUCAAGGAGAUCCCCCUCAACUCAGCCCCUAAAUCCAAUGUCUAGAAUUGGGCCCUUUGGACACUCUACUGGCACUUGGGCUCCCCAACUUGGGCUAGUCAGACCUUCUGGAUGAGGUCCAGCCCAGGUCUGAGAGGAACCCUGGAAAUGUGAAGUCUCUGUUGGUGGAGAGAUAGUGAGGUCCCGUCAAGAAGGCAGGUAGCAGUCAGGAUCACAACUGCAAGAAUGGCCUCUGUCUGCUGAAGCCUUGGUAUCUGGGAGGUCAGGAAGGGGACCUCUUUGAGGUCAUAUCAGAUUUGGAACCAUGUCACUCUUGAGCCAUCACACCUGUCACCAGCCUAUUGUUUUAAAAAAAGAAAAAAAAAUCAAGGAUAUCUGAUUGGAACAAA